ACUUUUCUUUCGACGGCUUUUGGAUCGGCCAAGGGAGCGGACGACGAGGAGCGGGCAAGAUACCGACCACCACCGACGCACGCACCGAGACGAGAGACCCCGCGGACGAGAGACGCAGCAGCAUGGUCGACAUUGCGUCCUUCCCCUCGCUCAUACGCAGCAUGACCUGGGGCGCCGCCACGUCCGAGGACGAAAAGUACCUGCGCGAGCCGUUGCUCAUGCCCGAGGACGACGACAACGAUAGCCUCGGCGACGAUGACGACAGCCAGCGCGUGUACGACGUCCACGAAAGGUUGCUGAAGAAGAAGCUUGACGCGCACGUCGUUAUCAAGGUCGAGCCCAAGCUCACGCGGUCCGAGCGCCUGCUGCGCCUUGGCCGGUCGUCGGCGAUGGGUCUCUUCGCCUCGAUCGCAUCACGCCCUUCCGCAACAACGUACAUGAAUUUGUCGCCCAAGAUCGAGUCCAACCAAGAAAUCAUGGUGGCAGCGCUCAUCAAACUGGCGGUCUUGACGAUCUUGGCCGUGGCAUGGCUCCUCACUGCGCUGUAUCGACAAGCUGCCCUUGCUGCGUAGCACUACAUUCAUUCUCCACACCUUCUCUUCUCCACCGUCAUUGUCCACGUCUCUCAGCAUCAGGAUGACGCGCUACGUGUAACCCAACCCAAUUAUCAACUUGAACGCAUUGGCUUUUGUAGUUUUGACGACCAAUGGC